GGGCCUCUUCCUAUCUCCAGCUGCGGUAGCUGCGAGAGGAGGGCGAACGGUGAUGGCGGCGGUCGCAGCGAAUGUGGCGGCUGCGGCCGAGGACCGAGAGCCGCAGCGCGAAGAAGUGCCGGGCCUUGAGAGCCAGCGGCGCCAGAUCGAGAACGGCGAGAGUGGGCGAGAGCGUCCACUGCGGGCCGGCGAAAGCUGGUUCCUCGUGGAGCAGCACUGGUACAAACAGUGGGAAGUGUACGUGCAGGGAGGAGACCAGGACUCCGGCACCUUCCCUGGCUGCAUCAAUAAUGCUGACCUCUUUGAAGACCAGGUAAACUGGCGCCUCAAGAAGGGUCUAGUGGAAGGUGAAGACUAUGUGCUGCUCCCGGCGGCUGCUUGGCAUUACCUGGUCGACUGGUACGGUCUAGAGCAUGGCCAGCCACCCAUUGAACGCAAGGUUGUGGAGCUGCCCAGCGUCCAGAAGGUCGAAGUGUACCCAGUAGAACUGCUGCUUGUCCGGCACAGUGAUAUGGACACACCUCACACUGCUCAAUUCAGCCAUACAGAUUCUGUUGACCUCGUUUUGCGCACUGCCCGAGAGCAAUUUCUGGUGAGCCCCCAGGAAGAGACACGGCUGUGGAUCAAGAACGCAGAGGGCUCUUUUGAGAGAUUGUGCAACACACGCGUCACACUUCUUGACGCUGCCCUCAAGACUGGGCAGGUGGUCAUCAUGGAGACCCGAAACAAGGAUGGCACUUGGCCCAGUGCCCAGCCACAGGCCGUGAACACUGCGUUAGAGGAGGAGGAGGAAUUCCAGGGCCAGCCAGGCAUCUGUGGUCUCACCAACCUGGGCAACACGUGCUUCAUGAACUCGGCCCUGCAGUGCCUCAGCAAUGUGCCACAGCUCACCGAGUACUUCCUCAAAAACCACUACCUGGAGGAGCUCAACUUCUGCAACCCGCUGGGCAUGAAGGGGGAGAUCGCAGAGGCCUACGCAGACCUGGUGAAGCAGGCCUGGUCUGGCCACCACCGGUCCAUCGUGCCUCAUGUGUUUAAGACCAAGGUCGGCCACUUUGCGUCCCAGUUUCUGGGCUACCAGCAGCAUGACUCACAGGAGCUGCUGUCGUUCCUCCUGGAUGGGCUGCACGAGGACCUCAAUCGUGUCAAAAAGAAGGAAUAUGUGGAGUUGUGCGAUGCUGCUGGGCGGCCAGAUCAGGAGGUCGCUCAGGAGGCCUGGCAGAACCACAAACGGCGGAAUGAUUCUGUGAUUGUGGACACUUUCCACGGUCUCUUCAAGUCCACGCUGGUGUGCCCUGAUUGUGGCAACGUGUCUGUGACCUUCGACCCCUUCUGCUACCUCAGCGUCCCACUGCCUGUCAGCCACAAGAGGGUCAUGGAGGUCUUCUUUGUCUCCAUGGAUCCUCGCCGCAAACCAGAGCAGCACCGGCUCGUGGUCCCCAAGAAGGGCAAGAUCUCGGAUCUGUGUGUGGCUCUGGCCAAACACACUGGCAUGUCGCCAGAGAGGAUGAUGGUGGCCGAUGUCUUCAGUCACCGCUUCUAUAAGAUCUACCAGCUGGAGGAGUCUCUGAGCAGCAUCUUGGACCGAGAUGAUAUUUUCAUAUACGAGGUGUCAGGCAGGUCUGCUAUUGGUGAGAACUCCAGGGAGGACGUCGUGCUUCCUAUCUACCUGCGGGAGCGCACCCCAGCCCGGGACUACAACAACUCUUACUACGGCCUCAUGCUCUUUGGGCACCCGCUCCUGGUGUCAGUGCCCCGUGACCGGCUCUCCUGGGAUGCCCUCUAUCACAUCCUGCUCUACCGCCUCUCGCGCUAUGUGACCAGGCCCAGCUCGGAUGACGAGGACGAUGGGGAUGAGAAAGCAGACAUGGAGGAUAAGGACAACAUCCCCAAGCCGGGACAUGUGGCUGGGGGCAGCUCCCAAGAUUCUGGGCCGGAGCAGGCUGGGCCCAGCUCCGGAGUCGCAGGCGGGAGCCGGGCCCCCGUGGACAACUCCCCUGGACCAUCUCACUGGCCCCAGAGGGCGCGGCGCAAGCACCUGUUCACCCUGCAGACAGUGAACUCCAAUGGGACCAGCGACCGCUCGACCUUCAACGAGGAUACCCAUGGUGUCUCCUUCAGCUCCCAGCCGUACAUUGCCAUCGACUGGGAGCCAGAGAUGAAGAAGCGUUACUAUGACGAGGUGGAGGCUGAGGGCUACGUGAAGCAUGACUGCGUCGGGUACGUGCUGAAGAAGGCUCCCGUGCGGCUGCAGGAGUGCAUUGAGCUCUUCACCACUGUCGAGACUCUGGAGAAGGAAAAUCCCUGGUACUGCCCCACCUGCAAGCAGCACCAGCUGGCCACCAAGAAGCUGGACCUGUGGAUGCUCCCUGAGACGCUCAUCAUCCACCUGAAGCGCUUUUCCUAUACCAAGUUCUCCCGCGAGAAACUAGACACCCUUGUGGAGUUUCCUAUCCGGGACCUGGACUUCUCCGAGUUUGUCAUCAAGCCGCAGAACGAGUCGGCGCCAGAGCUGUACAAAUACGAUCUCAUCGCGGUUUCCAACCAUUACGGGGGCCUGCGUGACGGACACUACACGACGUUUGCCUGCAACAAGGACAGUGGCCAGUGGCACUACUUCGACGACAACAGCGUCUCACCUGUGACUGAGAACCAGAUUGAGUCCAAGGCAGCCUACGUUCUCUUCUACCAACGCCAGGAUGUGGCGCGUCGCCUGCAGCCCCAGCCCGGCUUAGCUGACCCCCCGGCAUCCCCUGCCUGCGGUUCCCCGCCCAACUCUGAGUUCAUGGAUGUAAACUGAGGGGCCCCGGCCCUGCCGCAGGGAAGGAAGCCAUCUCCGCUCUCUUCCUUCCCGCCGCCCCCCCCUUACCCGUGUUAGGCGCCCCGUGCCAGGCAUCGCAGGCUUAGUCGUGGCUACUGUUCUCGUGCCGCUGUAUUGCUCUCUCCCGGGGAAGCAGAGGUCGUGUCUCCUCCCGGCAGUGUGUUCCCUGCCUGUGUUUGCCCCUUAGAGCAUUAACCUUCCCUUCUAUUCUCUAUUUAUGGUUGUCCCCUUCCCUCUGUCCUCAACCUGGGCUGUUCCGAGGGGGUGGUGGUGGGGUGCACCUGAACACAGAGUGUAUUUUCUUAUUGAGACCCUGUACCUUCCGCUGUGUAUAUAUAAAGUGCCAGUGUGU